AUGCCGCCAGUGCCUCAUAAGGAUGACCUUGAAUCAACUUGGUCAUUCCUGGAGGCAGGAAUCGAGAGCGUCAUGCUCAACCUUGAAUCUGGUAUCGAUAUGAAGACUUACAUGGGCCUUUAUACGUGCGUCAACCAUCCGAGUCUGCGUCUUGUCUGGCGAGGGUUACGCUUACACUUCGAUUCUAGGGCCGUCCAUAAUUUCUGCACUUCUCAAAAAGCCGUCCUGACCGGACAUAGCCUACAAGGACAACGAGGGGGUUGGUUCGAUCCAAACGAUUCCGCAUCGACGUUUACGCAGUUACUGACCUGGAAUGCAGCCCAUCUGCUGGGCGAGGAACUUUACAAAUUGCUCGGCGAAUACCUAUCUCGCCAUCUGGCUGACGUGCUAAAACAAUCACAAGGCCACACCGAAGAAGGCCUGCUCGCAUUUUACAUUCGCGAAUGGUACCGUUAUACGACGGCGGCCAAAUAUGUGAACCAUCUCUUCCGCUACCUCAACCGUCAUUGGGUCAAGCGUGAGAUUGACGAGGGUAAGAAGAACGUUUACGACGUCUACACCCUGCAUUUAGUGAAAUGGAAGGGGGAUUUCUUCGAGAACGUUCAUGAGAAGGUCAUGGACGCCGUUCUAAAUUUGAUCGAAAAACAGCGAAACGGAGAGACAAUCGAACAGUCGCAGAUCAAGUCUAUUGUUGAUUCCUUCGUGUCACUCGGUUUGGACGAGAACGAUAGCUCGAGAUCAACUCUUGAUGUGUAUCGGCAGUAUUUCCAGAAGCCGUUCAUCCAAGCCACCAAAACCUAUUACGAAAACGAAUCGCGGCAGUUCGUGGCGGAAAACAGCGUGGUGGAAUACAUGAAGAAGGCCGAAACUCGCCUGGACGAGGAAAAGGCCCGGGUUGGGUUGUACUUGCAUCCGGAUGCCUCCAAGGUCCUGACCGACACCUGUCUGCUUGUUCUCGUCACCGCCCAUUCCAGUUUGCUUCGCGACGAAUUCCAAGUCCUGUUGGACAAUGAACGCCAGGAGGAUCUUGCUCGUAUGUAUCGACUCUUGUCCCGCAUCAGGGAUGGUUGCGAUCCGCUGCGCACAACCUUUGAGAACCAUGUGAGGCGGGCCGGUCUGGCUGCGGUCGAGAAGGUUGCUUCCGAAGGGGAAACACUCGAGCCCAAGCUGUACGUCGAUGCUUUACUGCAGGUUCACACACGGUACCAGAACUUAGUCAAUGAGGCAUUCAAGGGCGAGUCCGAGUUCGUGCGUUCUCUUGAUAACGCCUGCCGUGAGUUUGUCAACCGAAACCGUAUUUGCAAGGCCAGCUCUUCCAAGUCCCCGGAGCUGCUGGCGAAAUACACAGAUUCACUGCUCAAGAAGGGAUCCAAGUCCGCUGAAGAGUCAGAGCUUGAGGAGAUGCUCGUGCAGAUUAUGACCGUCUUCAAGUACAUCGAAGACAAGGACGUGUUCCAAAAGUUCUAUUCCAAGAAUCUAGCCAAACGUCUUGUGCAUGUCAGCUCUGUCUCUGAUGAUGCCGAAACAAGCAUGAUCAGCAAGCUCAAGGAAGCGUGUGGCUUCGAGUACACCAACAAGCUGCAACGCAUGUUCCAAGACAUGCAGAUCUCCAAGGAUCUCAAUAACAACUAUAAGGACUGGCAGGACAAAGUACUAGAUGAUGACGACCGCAAGAGACUUGCCGACGCCCACUUCCAGAUUCUGGGAACUGGCUUCUGGCCUCUCAAUGCCCCCACUACGCCCUUCCUUGCGCCACCGGAGAUUGUCAAGACAGCCGAGCGCUUCCAGAAAUUCUACUUUGACAAGCACAGUGGCCGCAAGCUGACAUGGCUGUGGCAGCUAUGCAAGGGCGAGAUCAAAGCCAAUUACAUCAAGAACGCCAAGGUGCCCUACACCUUCCAGGUGUCGACCUACCAGAUGGGAAUUCUUCUGCUUUUCAAUGAAGCGGAUACUCUGUCCUACACUGAUAUUGCCAAGGCCACUACACUGGCGAGUGAAAUCCUUGACCCCAACCUUGCUAUCCUGCUUAAGGCCAAGGUCCUCACUGCCAUCCCGGAAGGUGCCAAGCCCGAGCCUUCCACCUCGUUCACGCUGAACUACGGCUUCAAAAAUAAGAAGGUCAAAGUCAACCUCAACAUUCAGAUCAAGUCCGAACAAAAGGUUGAGGCAGAUGACACCCACAAGACAAUAGAAGAGGAUCGGAAGCUUCUGCUCCAGUCCGCUAUUGUUCGCAUCAUGAAGUCUCGUAAGAAGAUGAAGCACGUCCAGCUUGUGCAGGAGGUUAUCCAACAAGUCAAAUCGCGCUUCCCGCCCAAGAUACCCGAUAUCAAGAAGAAUAUCGAAGCUCUCAUGGAGAAGGACUACAUUGAGCGUAUGGACGGCGAUGAAAUUUCUUACAUUGCUUAA